CCAACCCCAUCCCCUUCAGAAAGAAAAAAAAAAGAAAGAAACAAGAAAAAAGAAAAGGGGAAGAAACGCAGAACAGAGAGGGAAGAAGAGAGGGAAAAUCGUGCCGCCACAUGCCACUGCGUCGUCAUCAUGCCGCCGCCAUGGUUCUGAGGAGCUGCUACGCGAGGAGCUCUAGUUCGUUCACGAGUUACUGUCAUGCACGAGAAGAGGAGAGAGAUCGGGCAGAGAGAGACGUGAGGAGGAAGAAGGGAUUCACGCUGCCAACUGUGCCGCCAUCGCCGCGGGAGGGUCGCCGUCGUUGUGCUCGCCAUCGUCGUCCUCGACGCGCCGUCGUCGAGCCCACUAAGCAAAAGUCUAUCGCCGCCAUUCACGCCACUAUCGCCGUCCGAGAAGCUUCCAUGGCAGUUGCCAUCGAGUUCACAAGUGAGAGGAGAAAGUUGCAGGUGAGAGUGAAAGGUGUUACGCCGCCGUUCUUGACUGCGCAGCCAUCGCCACACCUUGUCGUCGCCAGAGUUGCCACCGCCGCGUGCCACUGCGGCUUCUCACCGCUAAGGAGAAGCCUUGCCUAUGUUGCUGCCUUCCGGGCCAGAUUCACCGGUAACCCUGUUUCUGCUUUCCUGAACCCUGUUCCACUCCUAUUCUGUUCUACUGUUUUGAUUAUUGUUGGUGUCUCUGCUGCCUUAAUCACUCAGAUUAACAAUACCGCCGCCACUGGCUUGCCAUUUCUGCUCGGCUAUGCCCUUAUCUACCGUUCUAAUUGUUGAAAGGAAAUGUUGUCGAAGCUAUAGUUUCUCCAUUCCCCAUUCUCUUGUUUCUUUUCUGCUGCUGUGUCUGCGGUUAUUACUUUUGCUUGCCAUUCUUCUCCGCUAGCAGAGGGUGCUUAGAAUGCAAAUCAUGACGUAGCUGCUACAGAAUAAGGUUAAAAGAGGGUUUGUCGCGUUAAAAUCGCUGCGGGUUUGAUUCUUUGAGGUAGGGGUUUUUUCUUAAAAUCUAUUUUACAUUACAGAGAUGUUAUAAAUAGAUAUUAAUGUGAGAAACAUAUGUCUGUGAUUAUGAUUGUCUUAUAAAUGUGGUUGUUUUCUAGACUGAAUGACUGAUUGCUUGAUUGCUUGAGUAGUUUGUGAUUGCUGAAAAGAAAUUAGUUUGAAAGGUUAUUUAGUUGCUUAUUAUGAAAAAUGGCUUUCUUGGUUUUGAAGCUAUUUUUGAUAAUGUAAAUGAAUCGGCUUUGGAAAUGAUUUGGAAUAUGAAACUGAAUUAAUUAUGGAAACGGUUUAAUUUUGAGUUAGUCUGACUUUAUAAAUGACUUUAUAAAUGAUAGUAUUUGAGCUGGUUUGAUUUUAAAAAGAGAUUUAUUAUUAGCACUGAUUCGCUUUGAAAACAAUUUGAUAUUGGAACUGGUUGAAUUUUGGAAGUGAAUGAGAUUCGGAAAUGGUUGAGAAAAGGUUUGAGAAAUGUUUGGAUGGGACCCGAAAAGUGUGGCACAAUCCGAGUUUUAGAGGAGAUGCUGCCGAAAUUUUAUAAAACUAGAAGUUUCAUUUGAAGUAGUUAUUUUUAAAGGUUUAAUUUUAAGUAUUAUUAUGUUUUAAGAUUACUUUAUUUAUCAAAGGAGAAGUUAUGUUUUGGAUUGAAAAUUGUUAGUGAACGGAAUGGAAAGAAGGAUGAUGAGGAUUUCUUUGAAAUAUAGUUUUUGAAUAAAUUUGAAAAUGGGAUUUGGAUUGAUGAAUGAUUAUGAUGUUGAGAAUGUUGAGAUAUGAACUUUGAAUUAUUCACAUGGCUUAUGAAUUUGAAUUAUCUGAGAUACGAGGUUCCCUGGAUAAAGUACCAUGGCUUACCACCACGUGUACCAGGUUGAAAGCUCGAUACUUUGUUGACCCUACGACGUAAGUGUGACCGGGCACUAUAUAAAUUCCCGGGAAUGUUACAUCCAUUGAGAAAUAUUGUUUAUUUAAGAAAAAGCUAUGCAUAGAAUCUUGGGGAUGCACGUCGGGGAAAGUCUAAGGACAAUUCAGACUUGUCGGGUUGGCUGGAUAACCGACAGAUAAACCUCAUCAGCCAUAGGACAGGCAUACAUCAUAUGCAUUUGUAUGCUUUGUUUGGGUUUGAACUUUUUUUGGUUUGCUUAAUUGCUAAACUGUUCUUAACUGCUACUUAAACUAUUUGCUGUAACUGCUACCUAAACUUGUACUUUCCUUGUCUGCCUUGCCUGUGUUUGCCCUGGCAUGCUACACUUGAGAAUGAAUUUUGGUGCUGAAUUAAUGAUUGUGUUGUUUGAUUGCGUGGCUGGUUUCUAAUUGAGAUUUUCUUAUAAGAAAGGUUUUGAACGAUUUCCUAUUGGUUUCUAAAAGAUUCAUAAGACAAUGAUAAUUACUGAGUUUGAAAACAGUUUUCUUAUUAAAUAUCUUCUUAUGACAACUUUUAAACUCCGUGGUGAGACCAUGUGGUUAGGUUCUCACCCCCUACAGCUUUACCUUUUCAGGAACCAGAUGAAGAAGCAUUAAGAAGAGUUAUACUGUGUUUGGUUUAUAAGUUGUUUUAUUAAUUAGAUUAUUUUCUUCCCUCGUCUUUGUUAUUACAAGUUUUCAAGAGGGAUAGGAAUUGUAUGUUUUAUAUUUAUAUUAUAUUAUGAGUUAUUAUGUAAGGAGUCUUGUAUAUGAAUCUAUGCCUAUUUAUAUUUUUCUUAAGAUAAGGUAUUUAUUUCCGAUUUUCAAAGAAAUCAGCGAUACAGUGUCGAGUCACAGGCUCCUAUUUUAGUAUUUAGUAUGUAAAGUAGUCGUAACACUUCUUGCUAUCAUAGUAGUGCAGCCGGAAGCGUGACUUCUGAUAGUGAGGGUGUUACAAAGCACAUAGUUAUCAAGCGAAAAGUCAUCAAUUUCACCUAAGAAACACACAAGAAAAGUACAUAAGAUGUUCAUGCAUCAUCCCACUUGCUCUGGGUUAAGCAGUUAAACACCUGUUUGAGUAAGAUGCAAGGAUCGUGGCUUUGUUCCACUUGCUCUGGGUUAAGCGGGUAAGAUGCAAGGGUUGUGAUUUGGUCUCACUUGCUCUAUGUUGUGGUGUUUUAUAUCCGGGGUAGCUACAGGAUAUCUAUUGGGUUUGGCAUUAUAAUCGACAAGUGAGCUCAUAGUCAGUAGGACAUGCAUGCAUCAUAUUACAGUUGUUUGCAAUUAUUUGGGUGUGCAUAAUUGUUUUGGUUUGCCUAAUUGAUAUUAUGUUAACAUCUAAUUGUACUACUUGUUAUAAUUAUUCUCUAUGUGUGAUUGUUUGAUUGUCUGCUUGAUUGUUUGUGUUUAUGACUUGUUCCCUUGUUGGUUCGGAUUAUAGUGGAUAAGGUGACUUGUAAGUGAUUUGAUUAUGUUUUGGGCCGAAGGCCAUUGUUUGAUUAUGUUUGGGCCGGAGGCUGUAAUUGGAUAAGUUAUAUGCCUUGGUAAAUUUGUAAAAAUUGGAUAUACACAUUGACUUGUGGUGACGUGAUUGAUGAUUUUGGUUCUGAAUGGAUAAUUGCAUAACUUUGAAUUAAAGAUUGAGGUUAAGGAAAUAAUGAAUAAGGGAUUGGAUGGAUUUAAGAAUUAGAUAAAUUUAAAUUAGAGGUCAGGAUUCAUAAGACGAACAAUGAUCAUUGCUAUUAAACAGAUUUUGAUUAUACAUGUAUAUCCUUCUAUAAAUAUUCUAAAACUCCUCUGGUGAAACCGUGUGGUUAGGUUAUGUUCUCACCCCCUACAACCAUAUCUUUUUCAAGAAACGAACGAAAAAACUUAUGAACAGAUUUCUACGCUUUUUGGUUGUGUUUUAUGGCUGUAUUAUCAUAGAUAUCUUUUUCCUUGCCUUUGUUAUUGAUAUUUACAUUUUUGAAAAGAGGGAUAUGAGUUAUGAUUUUAUGACAUAAUUUUAUAUAUAUGUACAUAUAUUUGAAUG